AUGAACGAUCAAGGAGCUGGACGGUCGUACUACCGUGAUGAUGAGAUAGUUGUGAAUAGAGAUGAGCUGCCUCACUACACCGGCCAGAAUCCUGACUUGCUCAAGGAGUAUAAGAAGAGAGUCACCCUGGCGCUGGCGCGAAUGGAAGGUAGUGGAGAUGACGAAGAAGCAAUCGCGCAAAGCCUCGAGAAGAAGAAACGCAGAUUCAGGGUGAAGUUGCUCGACGGACUACAUGGACGAGCAUGGCGACGAGCAGAGCACCUCGCACAGGAGACCGCAGAAGUACGUGCGGACGGCGGCGAGAGACGGAUCUUCGAGGCGCUGGCGACGCUCGACAAGGAGGCCAUCGUCAAGAAGGGCAUGGCGUUCGAUAGUUUCUUCAAGCGGAGCUUCCGGAAGCGAGGCACUGAUGUGGGCGAGUACCUCUCGAACAAAGAGAAGCUGUGGGAGGACUUGCAGGAGCGCGACGAGAACACCACGCUUUCGGACGAUUUGAUGGCAUACUUUCUGCUGGACGGCGCGAACCUCACGGACGAGCAGAAGCGCAACAUCGUUCUCAACAGCAACUCGGAGUACAACCUGGAGAUGUUCCAGCAUACGUUGAGGGUCAACUUCCACGACCUGCACGAGAAAGAGAGACGGAGUGCGCCGGCCAACACACACAAGCAGAAGUGGCAGAACCGGCGCGGAGGCAAGGCGAAUCAGGUCGAGGACAACAACAGCGGCGACGAGGACGACAUUACGGAUGAGGAGUUCGAAGAGGGCGCCAACGCGGCAGAUGGUGACCAUGAGUUUGCGAGCGACGCCGGAGCCAGCAACGACGACGACGUGUUCGAGGCCUACAGCGCCUACGACGCGGCAAGGAAGAAGCUGAAGGACACGCAGAAGCAGCGCGGGUUCUUCAAGGGCGAGGUGACCUUCGAGGAGCGUCAGGAGCAGAUCAAGGAGGAAAAGAAGCGCACGCGCUGCGGAGCGUGCGGUCGCAUCGGACACUGGGCAGGAGAUGCCGCGUGCCCGAAGACAGGUAAGCAAGGCGACAAGAAGUUCGGUGGAGGACGAGGCGGAGGCCGCGGGAGCGGCAAGCCCAAGGCUAAGCCUGGGCGCGGAGGCAAGUCGUACUUCACGCUCGACGGCACCACAGACGAUGAUGAACUGAUGGAAGAGGCGACCUCCUUCAUGGCGCGCGGCGACGACGUCUCGUGCGACCCCGACGGGACGGUCGAGGGGCAGGACUCGUUCUACACGGACUCGGAGGAGGAGAUGGACAACGAGCGCGAGGACGACAGCCACCACAGCAGGGACUACGACAAGGACAGGAAGAAGUCGGCAGGAGCGGCAAGCAGAGGAGAGGCGGCCCCAAGGCCGUCGGCAGCACCGAAGGACAUCCCGACCACGCCAGAUUUCAGGGCCUGGAAGCAGUACGAGCUCAAGAGUCACCUCAGCGAGCUCGGGCUCCAGACCAACGGCAAGAAGGUGAUCCUGAUCGAGAGGCUCGAGGGACACUACUCGGGCAAGGCGCAGGUCAAGAAGGGGCGCAGUGUUUCGAGGACCGCAGCAGCGUUCUCGGACGGGACUUCGACGAGAGCACCGGGCGAGAACAUCAAGUGCGCGGACUGCGGCAAGUACGGACAUCAUGGAGGAGACAAGCUUUGCCCGCUCUACGCCGAGAUGAAGGCCUACCAGCAGGCGAAGCAGCGCCAUGGUCUGGAGAAGGUCGCAGAGGUCCCGCUGACCAAGCCGAACAUCUUGAAGCAGCAGACGGAGAUUGGCGCCAAGUCACUGGGCGCAAGGCCAAAGGCAGCAGCUACGUCAUCAAGAGCGUCCACAUCCUGGGAGUUUGUGAACGACGACAACACGUUCAUCGAGCAGCUGACCUGUCCGAAGUGCCGCCGCCAGGGCAUGCAAGUGAAGAGCAACAACCUGGACGGCAACAAGUUCUACGGAUGCCUGAACUUCAACACCAUCAUGCGGUGCAAGGGCACGAUCAACUGGACGACUGGUCAGCAGAUGACGUGGGCAGCCAUUUUGGCAUCGCCCGACGAGCUCGCCGCCGCGCAGCUCGACCCGCAGAGCCUCGCCCCGUUCAAUGCCGGGGGCCAGGUUAGCGGUAGCAGGCUGGGACACUCACAGUUCGCCUUCGCCGUGGGGCGCACUGACUGCAGCACAAUUAAUUACGACGUGGUGGCCCUCGUGGACACCGCCUGUACCAUUUGUAUGCACAGCAAGAGCUGGAGGGAGAGGUUUGAGAAGCACUUACCCCCCGACCUUACCUGCAGGAAGACGGACAUCCAGCGGAAGUUCACCUUCGCGAACGGCUCCAAGCAGCAGGGUGACGUCUACGUGAUCCCGAUUGGCAUUGGAGGAUUCAGAGGAGAGGCGCAUUCGACCGAGAUCCCGACAGGGACGACUCCACUGUUGAUCUCCAUACCUGCCCUGGACAUGCUAGACGGCCACAUUCACACGAAGUCAAAGAAAUUGGAGCUUUCGGCAUUGGGAAUCACAGUGCCUCUGAUCAAGAUGAAGAAUACGACACACCUGGGUAUCGAUGUAUCGCAGUUUGGAGAUGACCAGGAUUCGGUACUUCAGCGCAUGGAGCUCAAGUCAUCCCGGGGCGACGCGAUCGUGCACCUUGCGACGUGCAUGAACGUGGUCAGGGGUGGCUAUGCCUAUCUGGAGAAUGACGAUUGCGACGAUGAGGAGACUUGCGACACUGUCAAGAUAGAUGCAAUCCGUCGCCAGGACGCGAGCUCGAACGAAGAGACUGGCCAGAAGUUGGAGAUACCCCUGACAGCGAGAGGUGUGCGCAAGUCAGAUACGAGAGGCGAGCUCACCAAUCGAAGAGCACAGGAGUUGUCAACUACAGCUUCAAGGAUAGCGGCUGAGGAGAAGCGGACUUGGGCUACGCUCAAGAAGGAGUACACGCUCGCAGAGAGGAUGGCCACAUCAGGGUUCAAGAAGACGAUGAUAUUCGAGCCCUGGGGCGGCAGCUUUAUCGUUACCCGAGUGGCAUCAGGAGUUUUUGGUUGGACGAACUCGCAACCGUUGGAUAAGUUAGACGACUACGACCUGAUGACCAAGGAAGGCGAGGACUUGCUCUUCGAGAUCCUCGACGAGCACGACCCGUACCUCACGAUCACCGCCUUCGACUGCCGCAUAUGGUCAGUUAUGACGAACAUGAGCCCGACGGUGGAUUGGGAGACUCUGCGAAGGACUUACGGAGUUCGAGUGUUCAAGUUGGUGAAGCGCAUCUGCUUACACCGUUACGAAAGGCAACGAUAUUUUCUAGCAGAACAGCCAUGGUCAGCAGCUUCCUGGAAGUACAAGAACAUCUUGGCCGAUAUCUACGGGCUGCCGAAUGUCUGGUUCGCCUGCGGAGCUCAGUGUGGUUUCGGCAAGAAGGACAUCGACAGCGGCAAGCCCAUCCAGAAGCUGACCGGCUACCUCACGAACAGCCAGUGCGUUCUCAACAAGCUGGCUAUCCCCUGUAAGUGCAAGACUGCUCACGAGAUGGUGGAGGGCAACAACUCCGCCGGGAAGAGAGCAGCUCAGGCAGCGGCCUACCCUCCGAGGAUGGCGACGGCGAUCUGCGAAGGAGUGAAGCAGCAGAUGGAGAUCGACAGCGCCGCCGCACUCGCCAACGGGCACAUGGAGUCGAGCUUUCCUGUGGACGACGGGGUGGUCACCGAGCCGCCUUCCAAGAAGGCUCGACGAGGAGCAAAGCUACUCGGAGGGACAGGCGGACUCAGACGGAGAGUUGCACGCAAGGGCGGCUGGCUCAGCAUGGCCAAGGAGAAAGUCGACAAGGUGAUGGAGAUUUUCGGUAGUUUCGUCGGCUUCCUCACGCCCCUCACCUUGCUGUGGCCUUCGGUGGACAAGAGGGCCGCCGAGAUUGCCAAGCUUGGGGAGGCGUCCGCCAGCGUGAAGCUGAUUAUGGUGCGACGGAAUCCACGUUCUCUGCUCGCAGCGGUGCCUCACUUGCAUGCUUCUCAGGCACCUCUGCGCACUGCCUACGCUCGGUCCGAGCGUGGCGUGUGGUCCGAGCUCGGCUGGGAGGAUUGGACCAACUUGUCACCGCAGCAGCGGGUGAUGAAGAUCGCCGGGGCCGACCUACUCAUCAUGGUGUACGGCGCGCAGAUCGGCGAGGCAGAGGACGGCGAGCAAGAUAAGGAGACUAUGAGGAAGCAACGAUGGGAUCAGCUACCACGGGACCUGAAGGUGGCGAUCCGACGCUUGCACGAGAACCUGGGUCACGCGCCGAAGAUCGAGAUGCUAAGGGCCUUGAGGAUUUCGAGAGCCUCGGAGGCCGCGAUCAAGGCGUGCAGGCUUUUCUCCUGCGAGCACUGUGAACGCACGAGGCGACCGCUGCUGGCAAAGCCGAGCAAGUUGCCGAGCGUCGACGAGUUCAACGUUGUCGUGGGCUUCGACACCUUCGCCGAGAAGGGCGCAGACCAAGCAGAGUGGCAGUUUCUGAAUAUCGUGUGCUUGGGAUGCUCGUUUCAGGUGGUUGCUUUACUCGGCGAAGUUCACAAGAUGACGGGCUCGACCACGGUGCUGGAGACUUACGAGUUGUGCUGGGCAUCUUGGGCUGGUGAGCCUGAGGUUGGAGUCAUCGUCGACAGGGCCAAGGGCUUCCUGGGUAGUUUUUCUGAGCAUAUGUCGAGUCGUGGGUGCAGAUUCGAUUCGGCCGCCAAGGCGGCAGCAUGGCAUAUCGCCAAGGUCGAGCGUCAUGGAGAUCUCUGGCAAGCCAUGUGGAGGAGAGUCGUCUGGGCGAAGCAGGUCGCUGGACGCGAGGACGUCCUGAAGGCCGCGAUGGAGAUCAACCAGGCGAAGAACUCGCUGAGCAGGAGGUCUGGAUUCUCACCGGCGCAGCGGGUGCUGGGAAGAGAUAUUCGCCUGCCGGCGGACCUCAUGGACGACGGUGAGGUUGAGAGGAUCGGUGCCAUUGCGGCAUCGGCUACCCCGACAUCGAAGUUUGCCAGGAAGUGCGCGCUGCGACAGGCGGCGCGGGAGGCCCACGCGAAGAUCGCGAACGAGGACGCGAUCAAGAGGGCUGAGCUUCGACAAGUUCGGCCAGAACGCGGACCUUUCAACGUGGGCGACUGGGUUUUCUACUACGACCAGAAGGAGCAGGGCAAGCGGCACGAGAGCGUUAUCAACUGGAGAGGAGUCGCACGCGUGAUAGGUCACGAGGGCAAGCACACGAUCUGGAUCGUGCACCGCGGGAUCACGAUCGCCUGCGCUCCUGAGCACCUUGCCAGGGCGUCCGACGAGGAGGUCCGAGCCUGGCUGGUGACGGCGCAGGAGGCAGACUUGAUAGACACCACCGGGACGGACCCGAUGGAGGACGCGGUGAAGGACUUUGUCAACGAGGCUGUACGAUCCAACCAAGUACCGAUGGGCGACGAGUGGGCGAAGAGACAGAAGUUGCUGGAUGACGUCCCCGAGUCGAUCAAGACGGACGACGCCUUUCAGGUCUACAAGGAUAUGGACUCUAUGAUCGACGAGGCCUACCUGGCAUAUGACGUCAACCAGUCCUUCUACGCCGAGCACGAGGUCAGCAAGGAGGUUUUCGUUUUUGGCGUCGAGCGUAACGAGUUCGAGUACUCCUAUGAGGCUGGCUCGACAGUGGCGAAGAAGGGGAGAAAAGAGUUACACUUGAAGGAGCUCGACGAGGCAAAGCGACAGCUAUUUAUCGGACCUGGAGGUUCGGAUGAGAAGGAGUGGAAUGCCUGGCAAGAUCUGGAUGCCUGCGACACGCUGAGCCUCGGCGAAAGUGGGCAGAUCUGGGAGACCAAGCGCGACCUGAUCAUACCGGCCAAGUGGGUGAGAACCAACAAGAGUGAGGGCGUUCUGGACGCCGAGUUCGAGGCGAAGUCGAGGAUGGUGGUCCAGGGCUUCAAGGACAAGAGCCUCGGCGAGUAUCGGAGAGAUGCGCCAGCAGCAUCGAAGUUGGCGGAGGCAAUGGUGCUGCUCGUGAUCGUCAGUAUGGUUAUGGUGAUGAGCUGCGGAGACAUCAAGAACGCCUAUUUCUCAGGUCGAGGUAUAGGACGCGAGAUCUACAUCAGCCAGCCGCGUGGAGGUUUAAAGGGACUGCAUCCGAGACAACUGUUGAAGGCCAAGAAGGCGAUAUAUGGGUUUGCUGAGGCUGCUCGUUUAUUUUGGUUGGCUUUCUGCGAAGUAUUGGAGAAGGAUGGAUGGGCUCAGUCUGUUUUGGAACCAGCUUUGUUUUACCUACGCGACAGAGCAGGCGCUCUGAUUGGUAUUCUAUGCACUCACGUGGAUGAUUUGUUGGCAGGAGUUUUAAAGAAAUACGAAGAUACGGCCUUCAGAUGCACGAGACAGAAGCUGAAUUUCUCGAAUUGGCUCAAAGAGGAUUGCGUUUUCAGAGGACGUGAGAUACAACGUUUACUGAACGGCGAUGUUGGAGUAACGAUGAAGGGCUACUCGCUGAACAUGAAGACGGUUCCGAUCCCUCGAGAACGGAAGAAGGAGCUGACGAGCCCGCUGACCGACGACGAAGUGACACGGCUACGGAGGGCUACGGGAGAGAUAUCUUGGUUGUCGAGGCAGCUUCGAGCAGAUCUAGCCUUCCAAGCGGGACAAGCUCAACGAACCGUGGUAGCGCCGUUCAUCGCCGACCUGGCGAAGGUCAACAGGGCCAUCAACGGCGGCAAGAGAGGCGCCGACUACAUGCAGAAGUUUCCGAAGGGUAUCGACCUCAGUCGAGCUACGGUCUUGAUUGAAUGUGAUUCAGGACACGCGAACGGCAACCCCGAGAGUGACGAGAUCGCGAGAUGCAAGAGCAUCGGUGGUCAUUUUCUCUUCAUAGUGGACCACGACGUGUUGUCGGGGAAGCUGGUGACCGCAGCUAUGAUGGAUUACAGUUCUAAGUCGACGCAGAGAGUUUGCCGGAGCACACUUGCAGCUGAAGCCUCACAUCUUGCAGAUUCACUGGAGGCUGGCGAAUGGCUGUAUGUUUUACAUGAGGAGGUGUUCAAUCUGAAGAUCGAUUUGAAGGAUUGGCAGAAGAUCGUGGCGAGAAGAAGCAGAGUUUUCUUGACUGAUGCCAAGUCGGUGCAUGAUUACUUGACGAAAGAAGGGCCGCACGGAAGUCAGUUGCUAAACCCGAUCGAGCUGAAGCUGGUCGACUACGACGUGAACGUUCG